AUAUGUUCCUCGCUCGCUCGCUGACCGCGGGAAGUACUGAGCUGAAGUCGAUGAAUCUAUUUCAUUUGUCACAAAUUCAUGUAUAUUCAGAGAUGUCUAAUGAAUAAAUGACCAGCCAACUCUGAUGUCAAGAUGGAGAACUGUGUGAUAGAGCCUCACAGCAUAGCUGAGCCAAUAGGAAUAGUGUCCUCAGAAUUAAGUUCCUUCUCAAACAAAGCAGGAGAGGUCAACAUAUUUGGAGGUUUCAGUAAAGAUGGAAAGAGAGGAUGGGUGGCUACGGACAGCACCCUAGACGUGGUCUGCACCAGGACCGGGAACCGUCUAUCUUCCUUCAACUUCAGCCAGGUGGCAGGGUCCUCUGCAACCAUCACCUGCGUCAAAGACUACCCCUGUCAUAGGUCUUACCAGCUUCUGGUGGGACUCCAGACUGCAUCCGAGAAGGGCAUGGUCUGUCGUUUCAGGCCACACUCAUCCAAACUGCUCACCGUUGUUAACUUCCCACAUGUGGUAACUGCUAUUGACUGUGUUACCUCCGUCGGUGGCAUAGAAUCCCCAAACUUUGCCCUCAGUGACGAGCUCCGGCGUUUCUUUGGCAUCGUUGCCGUGGGAACCAAAGGCGGCCAUGUUUACCUGCUGGACAUGAAGCUGGAUGAAGAGGUUGAAUUCUGGGAUACCACACGAGGGUGCCCUGCUCAGAUCAUAGCGCCGGGGAUCACUGACAUCGAUCAGAGACGCCUCAAAUCGGCUUCAAAAGGAGAACAUCUUUGUCUCGAUCUGAAUAGUGAUGCCUUCAGCUAUUACUCGUUCAACUACUGCAAGCCGGACGGUAAAACCUUCAAGACCUUCCCCAUCGGUGAAGUCUCAGUGACCUCGCUGACCUACAUUCCACAGAUCGGGUCACUCGUCGUUGGUUUCAACUUUGGGUCAUUCCAGCUGUGGAGAUUGGCCGACACCUCAUUAGAGUAUAGUGGCCCAUUGAGCCGCCACCCAUCACCUGUUACACACUUUGCCUACCAGGAACCUGAGGAUGAUCCUCAAAACUUCUGUUACCUCUGGGUUGCUAGGGGUCCUGUGCUCUCUGAUUCAAAGGACCAGGAGGCUCUAACUGACAUUCAUCUAUUCCAGCUGGCCUAUGAGAGCAAGACACAACACCCAAAGCAUGGACAUAUGUUCCAGGACCUAGUGGACUGCAUUGGUAGAUUUGAGCACUGCUUGACGGCUACCCCCUUGGACAGCAGUGAUGUGAACUCCCUGGGCAGUCGUCUGCUAGCCUGCUAUACCCUGGACAGAGCAGUGCCUCCGGGCUAUAAGAUCCAUGAUGAUUCCACGGCCGAGGAAGAAGUAAACCCGAUGGAUCUGAGUCUUGCAGUGUUUGUCUGGGAGGGUUGUCCUGCCAACAUGGAAACCCAGGACACAACAAACCAUUACAUUGCACUCUUUGAUCUGGACCGCUAUUACCAGGCUCAAAUGCCCUCUUUCAUCAAGUCUGAUGAGCUGACGGAGCCUCCGCCUUACUUCUCUUUCUAUAACCUAGAAGCAGUGGUAGAUGCUGCGGCUCCAGAUUUUGCUCUGAAUGUUCAUUUGGACAAGGGCAGUUUGACCAAGUACCAGUCAACCUGCCAGUCUGUACCUGAGCAGCAUCUUCACCCGUCGGCCCUCAAUUUCAACAUGGUCUGCCUGGCUGAGGGUAGCCUUGUACAUGCCAGCUUUCUGGGAAUACAAAGAAAGAUCCUGGCUGACAUGUGCAACCAGGGCCCCACCCUCCUCAGAGAGCCACGCCCAUUCUACAUGCGGUGCUGGAAUGCCCACCUCAUACCAAGGCGAAACUUUGCAGAACAGAUUCCAAGUAACACCAGUCAGGUCCAGCAACGAGAGGCUCUUCUCACCUUAGCCCUUGAGCACAAUCAGCUUGGCUUUCUUGUUGCCUGCAUAUCCAGCUGGAGUCAAGGAGACUUUACAUCUGGUAUGAAUCUACGUUCAAUCUUGGAAUGGGCAUGGGGUAAAGUGGCCAACAUCAAACAGACUGUGGAUGAAAUAUGUGUUCCUCUGUAUGAUGGCUAUGGGACGACACUAGACUCUCAAGCUAACAAGCUUCUCAAGACAUGCUCCACUCAGCUCCGUCACAUGGUAGAUCUCUUCCAGGCUCUUCUUGAUCAGUCAGGGUCCACCACAGAUCAAGGUGUUAAAGAUUUGGAGACCAAGUUGGGUGUGGUCACUUUGCUGUCUCAGCAUCUUCAGAUGGUGUUAUGGUUCACCCAUAGUGGCCUGCUACCAGAAUGCGCAGAUGAUCUGGGAUCACCCCUUCAUGGCCAGUUCUGCUAUCCAUCCUCUCUCCUACGCCAGACCUAUGCCCAGCGAAGAGCAGAGCUUUCUAGAAUGUGCAGGCAAAGUGGAAACAGUGACAUCAUGCUGAUUGAUGGUCUGGUAUCAGAGGCGGGGCCAGCACUCACCUCUCUCUGGGAUCGGAAGGAACAAGGGGGUACAGGGACCUACCCCCCGCCAAGCCUACAUGCUCUUCUCGAUAUGUUCCUUCUGGAGAAUGUUCCCUUGGCAACCAAGCAUUGCAUUGUGGGAUACCUCCUCCUAGACAUCAUAUCAGUUGGCCAAGAUGCCAAGCACUCAGAGAUGGUUGAGAAAAUAGAGAAGUUUCAUCAAGUGUUCAGCCUCCCUCUGGGUUUAACCAAGCUUCUCCAAGCUUUCUGGCUCCUGGAUCACAGAGACUAUGAGGAGGCUCUAACGAUGCUGCUCGACCCCAACACAAACAACGACCUGUUGUCAUGGCAACACACACGGAUCAUCAAGACGUUCCUGUACCACGGCCAGGCCAAGAUGGCGCUGCAGUAUGUGCGCUGUGUCCGACCUGCUCUUGAAACCCCAGAAGAUGUCAAACUUCACCUUACUGUGCUCUUAGCAAAUGGGUUGACUGCCGAAGCGUUUCAGUUUCAACGUGAGUACCGUGACCCAUCAACCAUGGAUGAACUUCUGUAUCACAUCUUCCUAGGCUCUCAACAGACUAAGACAAUGGACCAGCUGCUCAGACUCCCCUUUGAUGACAUUGAGGAGUCUGUUCUUGAGCGUUAUCUCCUGGAGACAACGGAACCCAACUCCAAGGAGCUGCUAGUGAUGCACUACCUCCAGAGGACCAGGUUUGUGGAUGCAGUCCGCCUCAAUGAGAACCUCAAACAACAAGCUAUGAUGGGCGAUAACGAUCCCUUGGCUAGAGAAAGGACUUCAGCUAGAAACAUCAUCACAGAGAGCUAUGUCAAUGUGCUUCCGAGGGUUCAGAGACGACUGGCCUUCGACACCGACUCAAGACAGAAGAAACCUGUUGGAAUACGAAGAGAAGUUCCGCGCCCGAAGCCGCUGUCCGCCAUUAUCAAUCCUGCAAAGUCAUCCAAAGUCAUUACUCAUGCCUUGCUUCUCAACGCUGUGCUCGACAGAAUUGCGGAGGCUAGGGAUGUCAUGAAGGCUGAUCUAACACCUACCAAUCUACAGGAUGAUUCUUAUGAGAGCUCACCAUGUAUUGAACCGUUUGUUGGCACACCGAUGACCCCACGGAACAGAACAGCAAGAAGUGCUGACGUGAGCGUAGUCUAUCCCGAAACGCUUGAAGCCGAGGACACCGCCCCCUAUCAUCCAUUCUCAACCAGUCUAAACUUCAGUAUGAACCAGUCGCUGAGAGGACUCGGAGGCAUGGAGACACCCAAGGUACUCAAGGAGUCAUUCAAAAGGCCUCCUUUGGAUUACUCUGGAGCAGCGGCCUUGUCGCUCCUACAGACACCACCAGUAAAGAGGAGAAUGCCAAUAAUCCAGCAGGAGCCUCAGGUAGCCCCACCCACACCCCAAUCUAUCCUCAAGGUCAGAAAGAUCAUCAGACGUUCACCUAGUCCUCCGAAGGUCGUCACAGAGAGGGCAAGAGGGUUCACAGCUGCAGAUAUUACUCUGCCAACGCCACCUCAAUUCCACCGCAAAGUACUUUCAUUUGCCGAGGAGGAGCCUGAUAAGACCAAAGAAGCCACACCUGCCAGGCACAUCCGCUUUUCAGACGACACCAUCUCACAGGAAUCGCCUUCACCAGAUAUCAAUGAAUUGAUGCCAGAGCCUCCAUCAUUCAUCCCCCAGCGUGACACACCCUCGCCCCAAACAUGGGCGACCCCACCCCUGAGCCCCCAGACCUCCCCUACCAAAGAGGCAUCUGAGACCCCACCCUUCCAAUCCCCUAUGGAAGGCAUACCCCCUGAACAGGCCCAUGACUCAUCCAUCAGCCCCGCCCAGAUGGAACAAGAGGAGGAGCCGGGUCAUCUGGUGUUGACCCCGAAGAUGAAGCCGCCGACGCCCAAAAGCAGUCGUAUCAUCACGCCUAAGGAGAAGCCACCUAGCGUGAGGCUUCCCUCUCCUCAGCCCCAACCAUCACAAGAAAAUGAGCAAGUCCUGCAAGCCUUGUUCCAGGAUGACGACUCCCAGACUCCGCCCAUUCCAGAAGGGAUGAUGCUGAACCUAGAGGGCGUCCUAGGUCAUAGCAACCUGGUGGGCGCGGAGGAGGACGGGGAGGAGGAUGAAGAAAUCACCUUCAACUUCAGUCUAAGGCAGUCUCUCUCUCCAGCUGCUGCAGCACGGGUACAGCGGGAGAGAGAAGAGCCGGUUCCCAUGGCGAUGGAUGAUGAGGAUGAGGAUGAGCAGAUGGAGACUGAAGGACUGGACGUGAAGCGUGAACCAUCAACAGUUGUGCCUCCAGGCUUCUACUUCCAGCCAUCACCACGGAAACCUAUCCACCCCCUUAGCCCAUUCCAAUUCAAGGAGAAAUUCACCCCAAGGCUACCCAACAGGGAUGUCCCAAGCCCCUCCUCCGUUCCUCUGCCAUCGCCCCCGAGGGAGUCGAGAGACUUUGAUGUAGAGCAGGCCUUCCUGGAGAGGGAUCCACCUGUUUCUGAUGACUGGCAGCUCACCUUUGAGGCGGAAGAGACGGAAGAAGAAGAGGAUGAGGCUGUUGUUGUCGCAGAGGGACAGACAAAGGUGCGGUUCGGAGAAGAGGAAGUCUUUGAGAUUUCUUCGUUUGUUCCCAAACACAUCCGGGAGGGCGUUCACAUCCAGACCUCACCCAUGGUUGGCGCGACGUCGGACUACCUACAGCAGCAGACCAUGAAAGCGGAGGUCGCUGAGAUGUCGGUCCAGACCACUCCAGGUCUGGCGCUCAGAACACGGGAGGUGGAGAAGACGCCCCCUAGGGUUCCCUUCGGUGAGACUCUGAAGCAGACAGAAGGGGCGCAUCGUGAGGAGGAGCAGGAAUUGACAGAGGAACCAAGGGAUGCAAGCAAGCUGGAUUCGCCUAUGGAUGUUCAAGCGGAUAUCAUAUCACCCCCUAAACCUCCCAGUUUGAUGAUACCGACCCCGCCCGAAGGGAAUGAGACCCCAAGGAGAUCCCCAAGGUCUCCGGUGACUAGGUCCAUGACAUCAAGAUCUAGUCCAAGGACCAAAGACAAACAGGAACACAAGAAAGAGGAGCCGACCACGCCCGCUCAACCCUCCUUUAUCUUCUCCCCGCCCCUCACAAGAUCCAGAGGGCGUCGCUCAGCCGUAAGGAUCAUCACCAAAGAAACGGCUCCGCCCGUUCCUCCCUCCUUCAGCCAGACGGCUUCAGAGACCAUCCUGACUGUUCCCUCCCCAUCACCCCUCCCUGGGGAGUCACUGAUGGGGGGUAGGGGGAUCAGGAGCGGGAGGAAGGGGCGAGGAGGAAAUGCAUCCAUGACACAAGUUAAGGAGAAGCCUGCAGUGACCCCCAGUAGAUACACAAGACGUUCAUUGGCCGUCUCCCACCUCCAAUCCCCUUCUGAGGCAGACAGCGUGGUCCUGCUCUCUCCAGCCCCCACGGAACCAGAGGGCGACGCCCUGCUGGAUACUUCUCUGAGGCGUAACCCUCGCAGGGCGGUGCGUGUGGCGCCCCAUUCCAUGACGCUCCGAACACCCCAAGAGAAGAAGAAAGUCCGCAAGCUCAAGGCGUGGUAGUGGAAGUGGAUUCUAUCUGCUUCUCGUAAAGUCUUACCUUUAACUUCUUAGUGCCCCCCCCCCCCCUCCAAAUUGAUAUGUGCUCCAGUGGACUUGUGAAGCUACUUUUUCUUGAAAAUGGGCUGCCAAUUUGAAGGGAAUUCAACCCCCCCCCCCCUCCCUCCCUUCUCCCUGUGUAGAUAUACCACUGGAUCUACGCUUCAAGCCUUAGGCAAGAAACAAGGUCCUCUGACCUAUCCAACAGCACUUGUGCUUUAAUUUGGUCUUAUAUCUGGAACACUAACUUUCUUAUACUGUUUGUCUAUCUGCAAAAUAUGCGAGUGCCUAGUUAUAAUAUUGCUUUGAGCCUGUCAUGAACAAAUUGAUUAAUAUGAUAUAUAUGUUAAUAAACAGUAUAUUGAUGUAGCUCAAUGAAGUUUAGUAAAUACAAUACAAUACAUGAAUAUUAACUGUUUGUGUGCAAAUGCCAGACAAAUGUACUUUUCUGUUAUAUUCGGAAGAGACUCAUCUUUUUUUUUUUUUGUAAUCCUAUCUAUUCCAUUAUAUAGGAUAAAAGAUGAAAGCCUUACAACGGAAUAUGAUUACCGGUAUACAAACUUCAAUGAAAGUGGAGUGUGUUGUUUCGUCUGUCCUGUUCGUAGUACAUUUUUAAAUACUGUCAAAUUUGAAAGUAUUAAUGCAUAUUCUAUCAUACCUUUGAAAGGAUGAGGAAAAAAAUUAUAUUUUUCAAAUGAG